AGGCGUACAAGAACGCGUGCUUCUCCAUUCAGGGACAUCAACGUGCUAUAAACUUUGUAAAGGAAAUUGAACGCGGCCAUGACACGUACCUUUUCACCUGCUUAGGCUUGGUGAUUCUAUGCUUCAGUAUUACUCUGAUCAAGCUGAGUACGUCGGAUUUCGACAUAGACUUCUACAGAUACUGCAGUUUUACGUUGUGUCAACUGAUGCACCUGUUCGUCAUCAUGCUUCAGGGACAGUUCGUGCUGGAUUCGUGCGACAGAAUUCACGAGGCGAU